AUGGCGAUUAUAAACAAGAACUUGCCAGAAUUAGGGCUAAAACGUGAAGAUUGCUACGAAAUGAGCUGGCUUAAUACGACGACGUUUUGGGCGGAUUAUCCGUUAGGGACACCGACGAGCGUUCUUCUGAAGAGGCCAUCGGAUCCGCCGGGAGCAUUCUUCAAGAGCAAAUCUGAUUACGUCAAGAAACCAAUCCCAAAAGAAGGAAUUGAGAAGAUUUUCAAAACAAUGUUGAAAUUCAACACUCUGUGGAUGCAAUGGAACCCUUACGGCGGAGUGAUGGACGAGAUCCCUUCGAAUGCCACCGCGUUUCCUCACCGGAAAGAAAACCUGUUCAAGAUUCAGUACUUUGCGUUAUGGACCGACGCAAAGGCCACAGACGCUAAUCUCGGUUUGAUGAAAGAACUUUACGGUGUGGCCGAGCCGUACGUGUCAAGCAACCCGAGAGAGGCGUUCUUGAAUUACAGAGACAUCGAUGUUGGAAGCAAUCCGAGUGGAGAAACGAUUGUUGAAGAAGCUCAGAUCUAUGGAUCGAAGUAUUUCUUAGGGAAUUUGAAGAGAUUGAUGGAUGUUAAGGCUAAGUAUGAUCCUGAGAAUUUCUUCAAGUACGAGCAGAGUGUUCCUCCUCUUCGUGCAACAUAA